AUGCGUGAGUCCAGCUUGAUUGCAGAUCGCGCAGGGCCGCUUUAUUCACGCGGGGUAACAGCGCAGUCGAACUCAGACUCUUCACUGCGGUCGCAGGCAAGUCGAUCGCUGCCUGCGGUCCACGUAUAUGGGAAGAAGCUGAGCGAUGCAUUGGUAGCCCUGGUCUGUUUCGACUACAGUCUCACGUUCACACGGGAGGUCGAGCGUAUAUGGAAGCACGAGUUCAGCACGCCGGUCGUGCUGUUCUAUCUGGUCAGGUAUCCGGCGAUGAUCAGCGCGCUGAUUGUAUUCUUGAGCUUGGCAGGCUCGAAGGGGAUAUCUGACAAGGUACGUAUCCCUUUUUACCAUCUCCACGUUGAGGAUUCAUGA